UACCCCUCAGACGCUAGCUUCACAGCGAUUGGCGGCUACUGUCCCGAACUAAAGAUUUUCUGGAGAUACACGAUCGACUCAUCGUUGUCUGCGGAGCUCAAGUGCAAGGCGCAAGAGAAGGAGACGUCGGACAUUACGAUCAAUCUGUUAGAACUCGCGGGCAUGUUCAUGACAGCGUGGGUAGUCCAAAUGAUCUUGAAAGACAGACCUGUAGAAGAAGGAACACAGGGAAAGGAUGGCCGGGGAGGCACGAGCGUCGAGGGAGAGCGGUUGGUCAACGCACUCACCUUCGGGUCUUUGGGAAGUGGUACCAACAAGGUGUAUCAAAGGAUGUGGAACACGUGGAAGGAGGCUCGAGCAGGGGCGGGUUCGGGCCCGUGGCUCCGCGAGAGCGAUGGGGUGGAAAGUGCGCCUCAGAAAUCUGGGCGGACGACUCGGGGCUCGUGCACUCGGAUUUUUGUCUGACAAGAGGAGACCUGGGUUUCUUUUGCGGUCCGGUAAGGGUUGCAUGGGCAGACCGGAGGCAGGCCAGCCGAGUGGAAGUCACGUUCAGAGCGUCAAAAGCAGAUCAAAAACGUUUGGGAGCAACCGUCACUAGAUCGGGAGAAGCGUUGAAGGUGUUACUCGAUCUGUUAGAUCUGCACCCCGAGCUCGGGAGUCAUGCGCCGUUGAUGCAAUCGUGAGCACAAGACAGGUGGAAGGUGAUUUCGAGGGCAGGGGCAUCGAGACACCUCAGGUUACUCGUGAGUGCGGCGGGUAGAGACCCACAGAAGUAUGCGUUGCAUUCAGGAAGAAUCGGGGAGGGCACGCAUCUAGCAAGUAUGGGGGCGUCGGUGAUUCAGAUCCAGAGAACCGGGAGGUGGAACUCAUCGGCUUUUAUGGUGUAUGUUAGGGCGGGGGGCGAAGGAGCAAAGUUUGUGUCUCAGGCCCUUACGGAACCCGAGGAGUGACCGGGGAGCGGUUCGGAGGAGUAGGUCAUCGGACAUGCCUAAUGGAGUAAGAUAUGUUCAGGCCAGAGGCCGAAACAAUAGUAAUGAUAGUAGGGCAAUCUUGAGAAGUUUGCAACGGGUUAGUCCGAUAAGAUAACGUUGGGAGCAAACGGCAUUUUACCUGCGCUCUCAAUUUGCUUCAUGUGUCUUGGGUUUUGCUUUGGUUGCCUGCAGAAAAAUAAUCCAGAAUUCUUGAGCAAACAUAAACGUGAAGAUUCAGUACGUAUUUGAAUCUGUGGUUUGUGGAGGCGUGUUGGAAUUCGGAAAAGCGGGGAUCGAAGGAAAGUAGAGACAGCCCUGGUGGCAGAAAGUUUUUGUGCUCUCGCUGGGCGAGAGACAAGCAGCAAGUGCAUUUGAGAGAAGGAGAGGAGUAGCAGAGAUAGCAGCUUUGAGGAGCAGCAAAAUCAAGGAGUGCCUUCUAGGAUUUGAUCGAUUUUCCCGCCCACCCACACCUAUCGCUCAAGAGAGGGGGGAGCAUGGGGGGGUCUAGUCGGUCGACGACUAGGAGUACCGUGUAGGUAGUUUAU